AUGCCCAUAUUCCGGGAGAACCUCGACGAAGAUGACGUUUCAGCGCCUCAUUCCGAGUCUCCAGUGGCCCAGCCGGUCCCACUACAUAUUCCUCUGCGUAACCAGUCCCACCCCAUGUCCUUGAGCCGCCAGCUAUCCGAGGAGAGCAUCCGAACAGAACUCUGCGAGGGGCCUGUGCCAGACACUUCAGGACCGUCGUCCCCAACGCCCGGCCUGUCCGCCAACACUACGUCCGACCGCAUCGAGCUGAUUGAGCGGCUGAAGAGGGGCGAGAGUCCUACGUGGAGCCCCAAACGCCAUCUCGAGUCUCUCUUCCGCCGCAGUGCCUCUCGAGAACAGCCGACCAGCCCGCAACCAACUCCCAGCGAAUCCGCCACACUUUCACCCCCUACGAAGGACAGGUUAGGCUCGCAGACUCAAGAGGCGGAAGAUCUGGAGCGUAUGCAGCAAGGUCUUGCAAUAGAGAGACCUAGGUCGGCUCUUCACAGCGGCGACUUCACCCAACAUGCGUCUUCGUCUCGUCAUAACGAGGUUGGAAAGGAGGGCGUGAGAAUAGUGCCGAACUCAGAGGGUUUCUACCGGGAACAUCACUCCCGUUUUGCGACGUCACCUCCGCGAGACUUCACUCCGUUCAAAUUCGAGAGAAGAAUACCGUUUGCCGAUCCGCCAGAUGGUUUCCGGGCCUCGCCACCCUCUGUAUCCUCGUCUAUAUCCUCCAGUUUCGCGUACAAGCAUCCUACGAGCCCCCUCGUCCAGUCUGAGAGCAACGAUGAUCUGAACCUGUCCAUGCCCAUAAGUCACAUAGACUUGGACCCGCCUACCCCCAGCAGAAUUUCUCGACGCCAGACGCUGAGCGGCCUGUAUUCACACCAGAAUGUCCCCACCACUGCACAAAGGAUACCUGGUAUACACCGCGAGUCGGCUCAGACCUACCAAGCCCACCAGCCGAGGAGAUCUCUCACGUCCACACCCAGCUUCUCAUUAGGGGGAACAUCACCACAAAGCUCGGCAUUCUCGAGGCGUCCCUCAUUGGGCCUGGAAUCGUCUUCACCUUUACACCAGACCUCCAUGGUCGGAUCGUACGAGGAGAGCAUCCUCCGAGGCCGCAUGUCCACCACGCCUUCGAAACCUCUGGAUUUCAUGGCCCAAAUUGGCGUUUUGGGUCUGGGAAAUUGCAAAAGCAGUCUGCGUUGUCCGGCACAUGUCACUUUGCCCUUUCCUGCCGUCUUUUAUAGCUACGUGAACACACCUCACGGGCGGUCCAAGAGCGAUGAUGGGCCUAGCCCCUAUGUUGGACAGAUCGACCUGGAGAAUGGGCUCUCAAAUCCAGAGGAGACUUCAAGACAGAGACGUAAGUCUCAUCAAAGAAGCAUCUCGGCAGCUACUCAACAACGGCUGGAUGGGGACGAGGACAUCGCGAUGACCGAUAUCAACUCUGGCGGGGAUGUAGCCAGUUUCGACCCACGGAAAGCGACCAAGCUGAAGCGGAGGUCAACGUCUCCGAAAGCACCGCCCGGAGGGAGCUAUCGUAUCCCAGAGAAGGGCCAGGUCCAGAUCAUCAUUAAAAACCAGAACAAAACGGCUGUGAAACUCUUUCUCGUGCCGUAUGACCUCGAGGGCAUGGAGCCGGGCACAAAGACGUUCAUCCGCCAGCGGUGUUAUUCUGCCGGUGGCCCUAUUGUUGAGAACCUGCCAUCAACCAACGACAGACCAACCCUGCGGUACCUCGUCCAUCUGCACAUCUGCUGCCCUGCGAAAGGCCGGUUUUACCUCUACAAAAGCAUCAGGGUGGUCUUUGCCAACCGCGUGCCAGAUGGCAAGGAAAAGCUUCGGAAUGAGAUCACCCUCCCCGAGCCAAAAUUCACACCUUACAAACCUGUCAGGGUUAUGCACCAGCCGGUAACGCAGACAACAGGGCCAGGGGCAAGCCUGGCAGCCGAGAAGGCGUUCAGGAGGAGGAGCUCCGGCUUCUCCUUCGGCCAGCAGCUCCCGCCUUUCGACCCGAGCGAGCCCAUGCCAAGUUUGUCCCUGCUUCGGGCAAGGGCCUCGAGCUUUCAGGAUAGAGGUCUGUCCCUGGGGCGACCUAUUGGCACGGGUCUGUCCGGCGGUCAAGUGCUCGCCCCAACAUCGGUGCCUGUCGAUGCUCCUCCCACGAUGACUCCUCUGAGCUUUGCUAAGGGUGACAUUGGCGGAUACGUGGGGGGCGGCAACCACUAUCCCGGUAGUAGCACCGGUGCUGCCAUCGCUGAGGGACUGCUUUCGCAGAGGCUGAGAUCACUGGGCAUGCAGAAUGCCUGCAGAGGGGAGUCAGAAAACAGCAAUGACCUCAAGGAAAGUUGA